CACUGGGACAAUAGUGAGUGGUGCACACUUCCUUCGCCCGGCCACAGAAGACAAAAAAGAGUUGCUGGUGUAACAAUAGGAAGAAUAUAUUCCACUCCUCUCUUGUACACGCGGCUUAUGAGAUGAACGCUCGUCAAGAAGAACGUCCCCUUCAGCAGCAGGAGGAUCCACAGCCCCCCCACAUUAAAGAGGAAGAGGAGGAAGUGUGGAUCAGUCAGGAGGGAGAGUGUCCUGUAGGGCAGGAGGAGGCUGAUGUCAGCAAGUUUCCACUGACUGUUGUCUCUGUGAAGACUGAAGAGCAUGAAGACAAACCACCUGAGUCCUCACAGCUUCAUCACAGUCCAAACGUCCAGCAGGUGUCAGCAGAGAGUCAUGAAGAGAUUCCCUCCAAACAGCAGGAGUGGAGCUCCAAUGUGGGACAGAAGGAGCUACAGGCCCCCUCCCACAUUAAAGAGGAAGAGGAGGAACUGUGGAAGCAGCUUCAAAGAUGUCCAGCAGCCCCCUCACAUUAAAGAGGAAGAGGAGGAUCCACAGCCCCCUCACAUUAAAGAGGAAGAGGAGAAUCCACAGCCCCCACACAUUAAAGAGGAAGAGGAGGAAGUGUGGAUGAGUCAGGAGGGAGAGUGUCCUGUAGGGCAGGAGGAGGCUGAUGUCAGCAAGUUUCCACUGACUGUUGUCUCUGUGAAGACUGAAGAGCAUGAAGACAAACCACCUGAGUCCUCACAGCUUCAUCACAGUCCAAAUGUCGAAGAACAUCUUUUUCGUGAGCAGGAAGAGGAACCACAGCCCCCCCACAUUAAAGAGGAAGUUGAGACGCCACAGACCCAUAAUGUUAAACUGACUCUUCACAUUAAAGGGCAAGCGGAGGACCCACUGAACUUACACAUCAAAAAUAAAGAGGAGGACCCACUGAACCCUCACAUUAAAGAGGAAGAGGAAGACCAAGAUACGCCGCACAUUAAAGAGGAAGAGGAGGACCAAGAGCCGCCGCACAUUAAAGAGGAAGAGGAGGACCAAGAUACGCCGCACAUUAAAGAGGAAGAGGAGGACCAAGAGGCGCCGCACAUUAAAGAGGAAGAGGAGGAAGAGGGCAUCAGUCAGCCUAAAUGGUUGGUGGAGUUCCCAGUGACUGGUGUCCCUGUGAAGAGUGAAGAUGAUGAGGUGAAAGGUGAAAGUGAGGAGAGGGGAGGGGGGGAGCCUCCAAGCAGCAGCUCAACACAACACAUGACAACAGAAGCUGAUGGAGACCACUGUGGAGGAUCACAAGCAGACAAGCUCUUAGCUCCACUAUCAGAUAGUGAGGACACAACGUCACACUCUCCUGACACUGAUGAUGAAGACUCUAAAGAUGAUAAGACAUGUCACACUGACAACACUCACUUCACUUGUUCUCACUGUCACAAAACCUUUAAAUACCAUUGUAGUCUGAAAGUACACAUAAGAUCACACACUGGAGAAAAACCUUUUUCUUGUUCACUCUGUAGUAAAGGUUUUACACAACGUCAGAAUUUGAAAGUACACAUGAGAACACACACUGGUGAAAAACCUUUUUCUUGUUCAACCUGUGGUAAAGGUUUUACACAACGUCAAAAUUUGAAAGUACACAUGAGAACACACACUGGAGAAAAACCUUUUUCCUGUUCGACCUGUGGUAAAGGUUUUACAAAUAGUACAGAUGUGAAAACACACAUGAGAACACACACUAGUGAAAAACCUUUUUCUUGUUCAAUCUGUGGUAAAGGUUUUACAGAAAGUCAGAAUGUGAAAGUACACAUGAGAACACACACUGGUGAAAAAACUUUUCCCUGUUCAAUCUGUGGUAAAGGUUUUACAAGAAGUCAACAUUUGAAAGUACACAUGAGAACACACACUGGUGAAAAACCUUUUUCUUGUUCAAUCUGUGGUAAAGGUUUUACAGAAAGUAAUAAUUUGAAAAGACACAUGAGAACACACACUGGAGAAAAACCUUUUUCCUGUUCGACCUGUGGUAAAGGUUUUACAAAUAGUACAGAUGUGAAAACACACAUGAGAACACACACUAGUGAAAAACCUUUUUCUUGUUCAAUCUGUGGUAAAGGUUUUACAGAAAGUCAGAAUGUGAAAUUACACAUGAGAACACACACUGGUGAAAAAACUUUUCCCUGUUCAAUCUGUGGUAAAGGUUUUACAAGAAGUCAACAUUUGAAAGUACACAUGAGAAUACACACUGGUGAAAAAGCUUUUUCUUGUUCAACCUGUGGUAAAAGUUUUACACAAAGUCAACAUUUGAAAGUACACAUGAGAACACACACUGGUGAAAAAUCUUUUUCCUGUUCAACCUGUGGUAAAGAUUUUACACAAAGUCAAAAUAUGAAAGUACACAUGAGAACACACACUGGAGAAAAAUCACAUUCCUGUUCAAUCUGCAACAGAAGCUUUUGUGACCGAUCAAACCUUUUAGCACACAUGAGAAGACACCCAGGAGAGAAAGUGUUGAGUUGCAGUGUGUGUGGUGAAAGAUUGUCUUCUAAGUACCAGUGUAAGAAACACAAGUGUGCUGGUGAGAACAGCAGCAGCAAAUGAAACUGCAGGAUUUGAAAUAAACUGUCCAGACUUUCAUUUUGACUUUCUAACAACAUCAGCACAUAUAACAUGUGUGACAUUGUUGUUUGUCCAACAAUCUUUUUAAUAUGCUUCUACAUUUAUAGAUUAGAUAGUUGGAAAUAUAAAAGUAUUACUUAUUUGUACUUGUAAUUGUUGAUAAUCCCAUAGAUUAUCACCUUUAUAUGAUAUACAUAUGUACUGGUUCACAUCUGAAACAUCUUCUGGACCACUUCAGGAAGCAUAUUAUUAUUUACUUUAUACAUCAUUUAAACAGUUGUCUUUUAUGCAAUUUUAAAAUGUGUGACUUUAUGAAUCAUUUGUUGGGUCUCUGUAAUCCAUUUUAUUAAUCAUCUUUACUACUCUCUUUUGUAAUAUGAUGAUUGUGUUGUGAUUUUUUUAUACUUUAACUUAAUAUGUAUGUACUUGUUCGUUUAUGCAAUAAAAAGUGAGAGAAAAUG